UUGAUUUUGUUUAGCAUUUGGGGGAUUUUGAUACACAAAGUAACCGACAAACAUUGUUCAGGUGUUACUAUUACAGUGUUAUUACAUAUUAUGAUACGCAAAUAUGUCAUUCACAACAGCGUUACUAUGGCGAGCCACAUAGGUGUUGACAAAUGUACGCAGAUACCGCAUAACCUUUAUUUAUAGUAUACCUAUUUACACAAAAUAAAACGCAUUUAAAGAAAUAUUACUGUGGCGUGCUUACGCUGCUCACGCGUGCAUUUCCCUCCGAGAAAAAAACAGAGUCACCGUGAUUUGAUCGCUGUGAAUAAAGUGUCCGCCACAUAAAUACGCACAGAAUUAGAGAAAUGAGCCUGCGAUCGAAGCACUCGUAAAAGUUUGACAUAGUAAACUUGCCUCCGGUGGGUUACUCGAAACUCUUCUCGUCACCCUCCCCGCUGACGUUUACGUACGCAGCCGUGGCGUGCCUGCAAGCCAAAUAACAUGGAGUCCUCUGCCUGGCAUCUCCAAGGGAUCCCUGCAAAACACCCGAGCGCCGAUUAAAAAGAGCAAGUUCCUCCAUGGGAGCAGUCAAAGCUUCUUGCCAGCAUCGUCGCGGUGCGUAAAGCUUCAGCUCCGUCCUCAAAGUAUGACGAACGGUGCUUAAAGAGGCAGCCUUUCCCUGCGAUCCGCAAACCAGGCCGAUUUCAAAGGAGAGGAGGCUGCACGAUGUAGGCAGGCUGUUUACUAGUGGGACUCCAUACUGUUCUCUGGGGGGUGGGGGGGACCAUGGAGCCAGAAGGGGAACCCCUAACCCCAGGGACCAGCUAUGGGCCCGCACCCAUCGACUCAGCACAAAACCCGGUCACCCCAACUUUCCUCAACAGCACCUUAGAGUCUUCAUGUUCUCCAAAUCUGAGAGAUGGCCUGAUAUCUGCCAAAUGCUUGUGGGGCCUCACUGGGGAGGAGCGCUCCAAGCAGAGUGAGGGCCCCCAGUCCAGUGCAAACCAAGGGAGGAGCGCACAGAGGAGAUUCAAAUCCUCAGCCUUUCCUUCCUCCUUAAGCUGGGACUCUGACUCUGAGAAGGAAACACUAGAUGAGGAGGAGCUACAGAACUUUUCUAACCCUCACGGUCUGGCUGCUCACAGUCCAGGAUCUCCUUCUUCUGGACUAAGACUUGAUAGAGAAGAUGACCAAGUACCUGAUAAAAUGCAGCACUUCCAUAGUAAGACUGGCAUGUCUACACCCGCUGAGGGGCACAGUGAUAACAAUGAGAGCACAAAGACAGAGGAGCCAAAUACAUCCCAGCCUGGCCAAACAGAAUUAGCAGACAGCAAAUUCUGGAAUGUAUCUGAGGGAGCUGAGCCAUUCCUGUCUAAAGUAAAACCAAAGGAAGGUUGCCAAAUGGAGGAGGAGGAGGUGGUGCUGGACAACGGGGAGGGAGAAAAAAAGCCCAAGGGAAAGGAAACCAAGGAGCCUGAGAGAGAUGUGUACACCUUCCCCGGAGACUCAGACCAAGAGAGUCCCCCUCCUGCCCCCUGGGCUCAUUGCACAUUCAUUCAGCGGUGCAGAAAAAAGAGGGUCUUGCUCAGGCCCUUCUCAGGACUUGGCACCUUAAAGCGUACGUUGCCUGAGACUGCCAAAUUGGCAAGACCUAGUCCUCAAAAAUCUGAAACAGUACAGCUAAAUCGAGGUGGAGGGGUUUAUGACUUUGAGGAGGUCAGCUUUGGAGAGGGAGGGGUGGAACCCAUAAAGUUCAGAGACAGAGGUGGGAGAAGAGACAAAGAAGGAGAAGAAAGUGGAGCGGAGACAGAUAAAGAGAUUUUCACGUGUGUCGAGUGUAGCAUUUAUUUUAAAAAGCAGGUCCACCUGCAAGAACACAUGAUUGAGCACAAUCAGAGUGGCGCAGGGGGUGUCAGGCGGUUAGGAAAGGGCAGCCGCUUUCGGUGCACUGAGUGUGGAUGGAACCUGCCAAAUCGACUUGCACUUGCUGACCACCAUAGAAGGCACGAAGAGUCACGACUGAAGAUCCUGGAAGAAAUUGAGAAACUGAAUGAAAAUGGGAAAGCAAAAGAGUUUCAGACACUGGACAGCAAGGUGUUGAAAAAUAGAAGCAUAGACCCGACAGUUAUAGAAAAUACUGGCCCAGGCUCAAUACUAAGCAAGGUGGUAGACCCAGACACGGUCAAAUCUCCACCUCUAUCGCCAGUGUCAACACUGGAUAUAGACCCAGGAGUCCUUGACCUAAAUACACCCCUGCCAAAUUCAGUUCGAACUCCAACUCAGACCCGAGCUCUCUCUGCCUACCGUCGCCGCUUUAUCUGUACUAAGUGUAACUUCAGCACAAGAACAUCCCAAGCACUAGCUAAUCACUCCAAGACCCACACCAGGAAAAAGCCCACUCUCCAGUCAGAUUCUUCUUCCUCUGGCUCACCACUGAGUUUGGCAUCUACUUCCCUGACCUGUGGUCACUGUGGCUUCCUGACCUCAAGUGAAUCCAUACUGAGGGAACACCAGGCACUCGUUCAUCCAGGAGAGAUCGACGAGUCUGGACAGCGUUUAAAGGCUAGUAUGGGAGCAAGAGUUUUUAAACCCAACCUAGACCCUGAGUUCGUCUCUGAAUCCGGAUCUCAGCAUGACGCAACUCAAGGCAAAAGCCAGCGAGCAGUUACUGCUUCUGAUGACAGCAGAACACCAGACGGCACUACAGCUCGGCCUGUGAGACAGGUGGUCUGUAACAGGAGAUUCAGCACAAGAGGCAAACCUUGGACUGAUCUGGCCAAGCUUGACACCACUGGGGAUGGUGAAAAGCUGCCUGAGAGUGAAGAGGAAGAGCAGGACCAAGAUCAGAAGUCAGAGUUUAAGACAGAGCUGUGUCGGGAAGAGGAAAGCUCAUCAGUGGCAGUCAGGCCUCAGACUAGAGCACAAUCCAUCAUGGAUGAUGGCUCAUUGCUGCAGAGUGCUCCAUUACCGCUCCCCACCAAGAAGAGCGAAAAGGACGAUGACAAGAAGGAAGCGGAAAAAGACGGGAAGGUUUUCUUUCUGAGGAGGAGCACCAGGGUCGCUGCCGCUCCUGUAGAAAUUGACAGCGACGACGACGAAGACAUUGACGAGGAACGCGUGCGACGUUUCCUGUCAGAGGGCGUCCUGGAUGAAGACAAAGACGAGAUUGAUGAGGACACAGAGGCGCUGAAGAGCGUGGAGAGGAAAUGCCCCUACUGCCCCGAUCGAUUUCAUAAUGGAAUUGGGCUUGCCAAUCACGUGAGAGGCCACCUGAACCGUGUGGGCGUCAGCUACAACGUGCGUCACUUCAUAUCCCCGGAGGAAGUCAACGCGAUUGAGAAGAAGUUUUCUUAUCAGAAGAAGAAAAAAAAAGUUGCCAACUUUGACCCGGACACUUUCAGCGUGAUGCACUGCGAGUUCUGUAGUGCUGGCUUCGAUACCCGGGCUGGCCUGUCGAGCCACGCUCGGGCCCACCUCCGUGACUUCGGCAUCACUAACUGGGAUGUUACCAUCUCCCCGAUCCACAUCUUGAGGGAGCUGUUCUCCAGCAGGCCUGACCUUGUAAUCCCCACGGCUCCCCCUCGGAGUUCUGGCUCUCCAGUGGAGGAAGACGAGGACGAUGAUGAAGACGAGAGAGACCUAGAGGAUGAAGGGGAGGGAAUUGUUAAAGUAAAGCUGGAGGAGGAGACAAGCGAAAGGACCCUGAGUGCUGCUGUUUCUGAUGUGCUGCCUUCAGCAUCUCCCCAAUCCUGGAAGAAGCGGGACGGAGCAGAAGAGUGUAAAGGCGAUGACGAGGAGGGAGCAGAGGAAGAAGAUGAGGAGGAGCUGCAGCAGCUUUCAGCCCUGGACGGUUUGAGCUCAAGCCCCGGGAAAACGGGUCCGCGCGGCGUGAACACGGACAGCCUCUCUCCUGGGGAGGAUGCAGACACCGCGGACAACAACUUGAAGUGUGAGGUGUGCGAAGCUCAGUUUGAGACCAAGCGCGGCCUCUCCAUCCACGCCCGCUCUCACUUGCGCCAGCUGGGCAUCACCGUUUCAGACGGCAGCGGGACCUCCAUUGAGCUCCUCCGCCGGAUUGCCAAGGAGCGCAAAAUAAGCUCAUCUCUUCAGGAGCCACUCGUAGCUGAGAGCCCCUCCCCGUCCGUUGCCCCAAAAGAUGAGGACAUGGACUUAGACGAGAAACCCAUCCCUCUGUCCCUCUUGGCCAAAGCAGCGAAAGCAGUGCCGCUCUCGUCCUCCUCCACACCUUCUCCGGGCGCCUCUCCAGCUCCGGCUCACUCUGGCUCCCCUUCCUCGGUAGUGAAGAAAGCCCCCAUUUCCUCUCUACUACCUGUGUCUUCCCCCUUGCGCUCUCCUGAGCACAAGGCAGGGGGCAUGAAAAACUUGACCUCUAACCUCUCCGGCUCAACAACCAUUGCAACAGCCAAACCCCUCUGGGCGCCAGAGGAGAAUGAUGCUCCUCUUAACCUCACACUGGAGGUUGACCCCAACAAAGACAUUGUUUGUCAGCUGUGCGGCGCCUGGUUUGAAACCCGGAAAGGCUUAUCCAGCCAUGCUCGAGCUCACCUGCGGCACUUUGGGGUGGAGUACUCGGAAUCCAAGGGGUCUCCCAUCAGCCUCCUGAACCGGCUCAUCGACACGGAUGACUUUAAGCACAAAGCCAGUGCAUUGCAGCUCGACAACCACACAGAGCCACGGAGCCUCGCCCCCACUACGCUCUCCUCCUCAAAGCCAUCCUUGCUGACACUCUCCUCCUCUUCCUCUUCAUCACUCCUGUACAAGGUGACCACGACCGGGAGUGGAUCAACAUCCAAAGCUACCUCUUCCUCUGCCUCAUCUAUACUUGGCCCACCUGCCAAGCGUCUCAAGUCCUCUUCCAUGCAGGUCUUCCGCCUCAGUAGUGGGGAACUCAUGGCCCUUCCACACAGUGAACCUCCAAAGGAGAUAGGCUGUGAAUUCUGUGGGGAAUAUUUUGAGAAUCGCAAAGGGCUGUCUAGCCACGCUCGCUCUCACCUGCGUCAGAUGGGCAUUACCGAGUGGUCCGUCAACGGCUCUCCGAUCGACACCCUGAGGGAGAUCAUCACGAGACGGGGCCUGCCUUGCGCCCUCCCGCUAAAACCUCUCAAAACCCCACCGCCAUCUUCUCCAGGACCGCCUCGUUCCCCCCUUUCGGUGUCCUCUUCUCCUUCAGCUACUCUCCUCAGUCGCCUGCCGUUCGCCUUCGCCCGCCCCUCCAGUCCUCAGCCCGCCGUGUCCAAGUCGAGCUCAGCUCCACCAACGCCUUCUAGCGGGCUGAUUCUCAAGCUGAAGCCGGAGCCGGUGCAGGUAGAGGUCACCACGCCUGGAGCUGUGGGGAGAUCUGGAGGGUUUUCAGCUGAGUCUCUCAACUCUAGCUGGAGGAGCUCUGACAGUGCGUUUCCUCUCAACUUAGCCAUGGCCCAUGAGGUGGAGCCUACGAGGGAUAUCCGUUGCGAGUUCUGCGGGGAAUAUUUUGAGAAUCGCAAAGGCCUUUCUAGCCACGCCCGCUCCCACCUGCGACAGAUGGGCAUCACAGAGUGGUCCGUCAAUGGUUCGCCCAUCGACACCCUGAGGGAGGUUAUGCACAAGAGAGGGGUGGGCGGCUCCUCGCAGUCAGACCAAGGAGUGAAGAAAGAGUCCAGCCAAGGAGCGAACAGUCCCUCCUGGGAGAGCACAGGGGGCGCCAGCGGCUCCGAGGGUUUGGGCGCUUCGGGUUACCAGUCCUCCAAAUUCCGUAAAUCUCCUCUCAGCUUGCUGCAGUCAGGGUCAAGGCUCCAUAAGCAGGGUGUGGGGUCUGUGGGCCCAUCUGCUACCCCAUCUGCAGGGAAGUUUUUCAGGAUGUCCCCACUGGGGAAAAGGCCUCUGUCUGAGGAGGCCCAGUCAGUGGAGGCUGCGCACUCAUCUCCACAUCAGCUUAAGACUUUCUCAUCCCUUCCACAUGAUUUCUCCUUCAAAAGAAAACCUUCCCCAGACAAGCAUGCACACCAGGAUCCCAGUUGUGAGCUGUGCGGCUUCUUCUUUGAGAACCGUAAGGCUUUAGCCAGCCACGCGCGAGCCCACCUGAGGCAGUUUGGCGUGACUGAGUGGUGUGUAAAUGGAUCCCCUAUCGAGACGCUUAGCGCUUGGAUGCGUAGCAGGCCGCAAAAGGUGUUGGAGAUGCACCGCAGCUACAUGCAGGGUAACCGCACCACCCUAAAGAAGAAGAGCAGCUCACCGCUCACUGCGGAUUCUGAUCAUAUCCUCCCCAUCUCAUCGCAGAAGGCUUCCUCUUCCUCCUCCUCCUCUCAGUGGUCUUCUUCUUUGGCUGUCAGCCUGGUGCGUCCACUGAGCCACGAGGUCAGCCAGGGCUCUUCCAAGACUGCAGAGGAAGAAACUGGUACCAACUUCCAGGGUGCUCCCAUCAGGGCUGGUCGCAGCAGUCCCAGUCUCUCGCGGCUCGGCAGCGGCCACACGCUUCAAGCACAGGUGGCGCGCAGUGAGCUCAAUGUCCGCCUGCCUAGAGGUUUUGAGCGUCGGCCGUUGAAGCACCCAUCUUGCCCAGACGGGACAGAGAGGGAUAGCGGCCCUCCUAAGCCCCCGCGCACAGGCACCGUCCCCGCCCUGGUGCCCAAACCACCCUCCUACCCGCUGGUCAAAGUGGUGGGCAAGUUCUACACCCUGAAGUGCCGAUUCUGUGAGGUCGAGUUCCACGGUCCACUGUCGGUGCAGGAGGACUGGAUCAGACACCUCCAGCAGCACAUUCUCAAGAUGAACUACAACAAGCCCGCUGCUGCCAAAGCAACAGCCACCGAACCACCUGCCCUAGCUGACGAUCCUGUGCCGGUCCAGGCCUCUGUCCCAGCCUCCACCUCUACCUCCAGAACCACCUCUACCGCACCGGCUCUCACUUCCACCUCAAACAGCAACACGACUCCCAAGAGCCUCUCCCCCUCGCCCGUGGACGAGUGCGCUCCUGCCAUCACUGCCACAGAGAUAGUUCAAGUCUCAGAGGAGCAGCCAACCCUAACUCCAACUCCUAUUCCUCUCCCCACCCAGACAGCGUAAGCUCACAUUCAUCACCUGUACUCAUUUUAUUUCUUCCAGUUUCUACUUGUUCACCCGUUUCUGUCCUUUGGCCUUCACAAAGUGGUGUUUAGGAGGAGCAUUCUCCCUCCCAAAGAGCCCUCUGAGCCCCAAGCACCUUUUGAAGCAGCUUUCUAGACUGUUACUAAGUCCCGUUGCCAUGAGAACGAAGCUCCACUGGCUUAUCUGCACACCAGGGAUGGGUGAUUACGGGAAAUGUCCAAGGUUAUAAGGAGAGAUGGACUAAUGUUUGUGUUUGCCUUGUUUAUAUUGAAUGUUCAGAUGUGGAUCGUUACUGUACCUCUCUCAUUCACUGGGCGAUUUAGGGUUUAAUAUAACCCUUUAUUAAACUUUAACACCUUGUCUACUACAACCUUCCCUCCAAUCUUCUACUUAUGAACAGCGCAUUAAAAGACCUGUGAGAUUUUGACCAUUGCUACCAGGAUGUUGGUAGCUUUGACUGACUGAGAUUAAGCGACAGUUCUAAUCAUGCUAGUCUUGCAGUUCAGACUUUAAACAUGUGAUAACACUUAGUGUUAAUAAAGGCACUUUUAAUGUGGACACUCAGCACUUAAUGAUACAAUUUGAAUAGGUUAAUAUGAUAUAGGGAUGCACCGAUAUAUGGGCCUAACACUGAUAUUGGUCGAUAUUGGCCUCGUUGAACGAUAUCUGCUCAUUGGCAAAUAAGAUGGGACUUACAGGAAUCGGUGGCCUGUUGUGAUUAAAGGGACACAGCAUGGGAAAACCAGACUAAAGUCACAAAAUUUUUAAAUUAAAAAUUCAAACUGUGCCUGAUCUUUGAAAUAUUGUGGUUUGAAUUGACCACAGGUAAAAGAUGGAAAACAUUGCCAGCAUCACCUAGGAGGCAAAUUUUUCUGGUUGACUGGCUCAGCUGUGGGGUUUUCCCCCAAGUGCAAUUUAUUUUCAGUUUAUCCAUCAGAAAAUGUUCAAUAAACUAAAUUUUUAGGCAUAGUUUGAAUAAAUAUUCCAGACAGUAAAGUUAAGGUAACAAAUAUUGGAAAUAUUGAAAAGUCAAUUAAUAAAUAUUUCUUUGUUCUCCUAGAACGGGGGUCUGCAACCAUUUCUGUCAAGAGAGACGGCUUUGAGCAAUUUUUGUUCAAACCUAUUUGAGGAUUUUAAUGAAACCUAAAUUAAAAAUGAAAGACACGAGUGAAGUAUAAAUUAGCAUAUCAACCUUACUAGUAGGGUAAAUAAUUAAAAUCUUUAUCAUGUGUGAGGUACCGGUGAUCAUCCUUACUUUAACUUUGCACUACAGUAAUUCCUUGUGUUGCAACAUUUAUAAAAAUUUUAGAACUACAGUGAAAAUUGAUUACUAUCGUUUUGGAUUGCCAACAAAAUGAAAUAAUUAUUAAGCACUGGAAAAAAAUUCAAUUAGCAUGUGUUUACUUGAAAUUAGACAUAAAGCUAUGCAGGCCACUGCUAGCGUUUUUGCAAAUGAAUCGCAUUAGAAACCUUUUUGAUAAUAAAGUAACAUCAACCAAACAGCUUUAAAAUUAGUACAAGUAAAAAUCCCCAUUUUAAAUUUAAUGUUGACUAAAAUCUAGUUUAGUAGGAGGCAGUGCUCCUUUUUUCCCCCUUCAGCUACAAUCAACCAUCUGAUCUACAAACAAUCACAUUGAUAUCCGCUAAUAAAUACAAAAUUUAAACUUGAGCUCACUGAUAUCAGCCAGUUGAGCCUAUCUAUAUUGUCUUUUAGAACAACCAGUAAAUGAAAAUUAAACUAACGAUGAGGUGGGAGAAACACCCUUCAUGUUAUGAAUGUUAUGAGUGUUGCACAGUUUGGCCACCAGAGGGCACUCUGCAACUUCACUGUUGGCUACAAUGUAUAGAAUGCCACAAAAACAACAACCAGCUGAUGCAAGGAGUCGGGCAGGGCAAAGAAAUAAUUGCACAUAACAAAUGUUAGACAAAUCUGCGUAUGUUUCGUGCGUCUGAAAGCACAAAAAUAUUCGAGUUUUUAAAGCACCAAAUAUCAGUACCGGUGUCAGUCUUAAAAAUCCUGUAUUGUUCAUGCGUCAAAUUUAAAAAAUGUGUCAUAGGAAGUGAGCAAAAGAACCACAGGUUUGCAACCCCUGUCCAAGAACAACAAAAACAUAAACAAAAUUAGAUAAAUUGUUACCUGUAAGGUCCCGGAGUCAGUGCAUCCCUAAUGCGGAUUGACAAAGACACAUUCCGACUGACUGAAGGAACAAAAAGUGGAAGCACACCCAAAAAGGGAAACUCUUUACUCUAUGAAGUAAUACUCUCCCCAAAAUAUAUGUUUUGCUUGAAUGUAGCUUAAAGCACCUGUCAAAACCUUAAACGCACACAUUCAUACUCAAAUCAAACACAAGCCCUGUACUACAAAUCAGGUAACAGUUUUAUCUUUCACGAUGUUACCACUCCACAGCCUGCUGUUUUCAACAGAUAGGGCUGCAGUUGCUUUUUAAUCUUGGAGACGUGAGGCCACAGUGUUCAAGGUUACACAUCUCCAUUCACAGUGUUGCCAUUUUCUACCUGCCUUUUUCAAUGUAACCCAAAUUAUUUAUUUAUUAUGUUGCUUCUGAAUGUGGUAAGCUAGGUCAUUUAAAAGCUAGAGUAUAACUUAGGAAUGUUUUUGAAAAUAGGCCGGCGGUGCGCUUUUAUGCCAGCGCGUUCGUUUGUAUGUCGGUGUACAUACAGAGCAAAUGUGCAUUUGUUUCCCCAUUUUAAAAGAGAGAGAGAGAGAGACAGACGUAAACGUGCUCAAUACAAAGACACCUCAUUAAGGUCAAAACGAACUAAAUGUGGGAGCCUGUCUGGACUUACAUGCAUCCAUCGUCUUGUUAGGAUGUGCCAAAGAGCCUGUUUACUUCCCUGUCUUGCCUCUGUAAAAGCUGUUUACAUUGGACCUGAUGGUGGAGGAAACUCUGCACAGCUACCGGGUUCCCCCAGGGCCCCCCACGCAGAACAAUGGACUGAACCAACGGUGGAUCCCCCAGUUUUAAAGACUCGGGCUGCUGAAGCGGCUUCUCGUUUCUGUGGGGGUUAGAUUUUUCCAAUUAAACGUGAACACAAGCCAAACUUGAUUACAAAGCAGGGCUCUGGAGAACCGUCAGCCCUCAGUCCAAAUGCAGAAACGCAGUCAACCUCGGCCUCCUGAGGAUCGGAGGUCUGUAGUCUCUCUCAUAUCAACCUUGAACCGAAGCAGUAACUCAAAGGGUCCAUGUAGGCGGGCAACCUUUUAGAGUUUGUUCCAGUGUUGCCCAUGCUUGAAACAUGACUGUUUGAUCCAAACGAUACCCUUAACCCUUUUAUGGAGUAUAGAUGCAUACUAUAUACAGUAACUACAUGUACUUAAGAAACUGUUGAUGCUAGUAGAGCCGUCUGCAGUUCUAUUAGCGAGGUAGUUUAAAAAUUAAGUGAUCUUAAUUCCUCUAUUGUGAUUUGAUUUCAACAUUUGAUGCUAUGUAUUUUUUAUUGCUCUGUGCAUUUCUGUAUUUGCAGUCCUGCAAGGUGAAUCUUAGAGUAUUUUUUAUUUUAUCUGUUAGUCUCUCCCAGCUGAAACUUUUGGUGCUGGCGAGUGCGUUGUAGGUCGGGAGCUGGUUGAGUGACUGAACGCGAGGAAGACCUUUUAAUAUGAUUGUCACGUCCUGGUAUCAAAAGGACUCUAAUAAGCGGGCCUUAAAGGGGACCAUUUUGCAAGGUGAGAUAUAAUUCUUCCUGUCUGCAUUCACAGAGUAAUAGACACUGUUGCCUCCUGCAGGUUUGUGGCUGCACUGCUGCGUGAGGUGUGAAUUGGAGACCGGUGCAUUAUUAGUUCCCUUUUAAGAUCACCCGAUUAAGCCUCAGCUGGUGUAACUGGCUGUUUUGUGUGCGUGCGUGUGUGCGUGUGUGUGAGAGUGUGUGUGUGAGUGUUAAUAAAAAAAAGAUAGAUGACGAUGUUAACUGAGAAGAAAAAGAUGCAGUCAAGAAAAGAACUGUACUGUACACGAAGGGUUAAGUUUUAAGUAAAUCAACUCCAGAACAAACAAUAAAUGUGAUUUCAGUUUCA